GCCGCGAAGGACGGACGCGUAUAAAAUGGUCCUAUGAGCCGUGCCAGUGUCAACACAAUGGUUAAAUACAACGUAUUAUUUGCUGUAACAAUUGCCAUCUCCCUCGCAACGGCAUCAGCGCUGCCAAGUCCGACAGCGGCUGAUGACGACGAUGACGAGGAUGAGACCACGCAGCAGAGCCGAGCUGACGCUGACGAUGACGGCAGGGUCUACAAGAACCCUAGGAACUCACCUUCGGCAGACUGCCCUAGGGAUGAGGAACAGGCUACCUUGCUGGGUCAAAAAUGUCUCCGCAAGUGUUCUUCUGACGAGGACUGCAAGAGUAAAAAGAAGAAGUGCCUCUGUGAUGGAGCAUGUGGCAUGUCUUGCAUCAAACCAGACCGCGAGUGUCCUGAACUGACGCAGCCUGAAAUUGGGAAGGUCACCCUUACAGGACGACUGUUCGGCGACAAGGCAGUGUACUCCUGCCCUCACGGGUACCACGUGGUCGGCCUGCAGAGCAGGAGUUGUCAGGCGGAUGGCAAGUGGGCUGGCCAGCCACCAGCCUGCAAGGAGAACAUCUACUGCCUCCAGCCUCCCACAAUUGAGCACGCCCGCCACUCCGCGCUCCCUGAACAAGCUACCUUCGACCUGGAUGCCACCGUGCAGUACAACUGCCAUACUGGUUACGUCACGAAUGGAUUCCCCAGAGCCAAGUGCUUGGCAAUCGAUGGUCAAGCUUCUUGGUAUGGUCCUGACAUUAGCUGCGAACCUCGAUCCUGUGGCGAACCUGGCGACGUACCCCACGGCUGGGUGACGGCUGACUGCCAUACUUUUGGCUGCCGAGCGGUCGUCCAAUGUGGACAAGGCUUCGAGCUCGUCGGCAAGGCUGAAAGAUACUGCCAGGCUGACGGGGCUUGGGCUCCCAAAGAACUUCCCACCUGCGUCCUGGUAACGCAGGUGCAGUGUCCGCCGCCUGAGGCGCCGCGGCACGGCAAGGCAGUGUACACAUCUUGCGCAUACAAUUCGGUCGUGUCAUACGAAUGCAAGUAUGGAUACCGGCUUGUGGGAGACGCGACUAGACGAUGUGGCGCUGACAAGAAAUGGUCUGGUGGACAGCCGAUGUGUAAAGAGAUCAACUGCGGUCACCCUGGUCAGCUAUGGAACGGUUGGUUGGAGAAUAUUUCCUCUGGAACUGGACUGGGUGCCUCCAUAAUCUUCAGAUGUCAGGAUGGUAUGAAGAUGGAAGGCAAUGGGUCUGCCAUCUGCCAAAAUGAUGGCACUUGGAGUCAUCCGUUGCCGAUGUGUUUGGCGCCGUGUGUGGUGCCCCACGUGUCUCAAGGGCGAGUAGUGCUGGUAGAGAACAAGACAGGAGACAACAGCACCCAUGAGGGCAACACGCAGAUUGUCGGCAGCUCCACAAUGGUGCAACAUGGUGAAAUUAUCGUGGUGGAGUGCGCAAAAGAUUAUGAGUUUCCAACGAAUAAUGCAGCUGUGACGUGUAACAAUGGAACCUGGACACAGAUUCCGAGGUGUCAACCUGCCAGAUGCAAGAAGAUGCCCAAAUUCCCGCGGAACGGAAUGGUGAUAGCGCCCAAGACUGAGCAUGGCAUGAAGGCGCGGUUCAGAUGUAAGGAUGGAUUCGAACUGAAGGGGAACCCCAUUGUUGUGUGCUCUUUUGGAGUUUGGAGUGGAGAGACGCCUAAGUGCGAAGAAGUCUUUUGCCCAUUCCCUGGCUAUAUAGAAAACGGAAAAGUCCUACUCGUCGGUAACAUGGGCUUAUACGACUAUCGACCUUAUGUUAAAAAGGUGGUUAAUAAUAAGCAAAUAAUGUAUGAAUGUGAGAAAGGAUAUGUUCUAUCUGAAGGUCCACCAGGAGCCACUUGUGUUGGAGGCCAUUGGAGUCCAAGAGAACUGCCAAAGUGCACACUUUACCAGCAUCCACGAAUUAGAUGGAGCCGUCGACGCCGAUCCAUUCCAGAUCCAGAAAUCCGUCAUAGAAGAUCUACAUACCUUCGACAAUAUUACAACAACCUCCAUCGCCAAACUGACCCUUCACAACAAUACGUUGACCAACUUUACGAUAAAUACAACCAUGGAACCUCUAAACCAACUUUAAGGCAUGCCAACUUCAAAAUCAUGAAGAAAUUCGACUUUGACGGUGAUAUGGAAACUCCUACUAGUGUUGAAAAUAAUGAUGAAAACUUCCCAACUGCCGUGUAUACUAUUUAUAACAUUCAUGGAGAACCUAUUGGUCAUAGAUUGUAUUCAUAUCAACCAGUGUAUGAACCAGAAGAGGACGAUGUAGUACAGCAUGGAGAUACUUCUGAGUAUGAAGAUUCUGAAGAAGGAGACGAUGAAUUAUCCCAUGUAACAGUACUCAAAGGUGGAAUGUUUGAUGAACACAGUACUGAUAGCAAUGCUGACAAUAUAAACAAACUCAAACACGAGUAUUUCGAACGAUAUGUUGAUAAAAGACGAAAAAGAUUUUUAAUUAAAAUAUCUGGGGGUGCAAAAAAGAAUUCGGAUAAUACUCAAGAUGAAGAAGAUGAUUUGGAAUUAGACGGUACGAAAAAAGUACUAGACAUGGAACUAGAAGGUGAUGAAACUAAAAUUGAUACUGUAACAAAAGUCCCACCAGAGAGUACUACUAAAGUUAGAAUCAAACGAGGAAUAAAUAAUGAAGAAUAUGAUACAAAUAAUUGGACUCUAAAACCGACUACAGAAGAUAUAAAUUUCAAUAAUGAAAUUAAUCUUGAUUUAUUAAAAGUAGUACCUUUGGCCACUAAACUAAGUGAACUUGAUUGUGAAGAUAGUAAAGAAAUGACUGUUAUACCUUUAAAACAUAACUUUGAAGAUAAAGAUUUAAGUAAAGAAGUUGCUAUCGUACCUUUGCAAUACAACAAAACAAAUUCCACAGAGGUUGAUAACAUUUUGGAUAAGCGAGACAAAAGAACGAGUAGGAAAACUGAUAGAUUGAAUCAGACUACUGCUACUGUUCCUAAAACAGGCAGGGAAGGUAAGGGUGGUAGAAACAGACAACAAUCAUCCUCAACAGGAGAAGAUCAAGAUCAGACCGAGACUAAAGACGUAGUUGAAGGUAACAGUCCACAGAAUACCACGGAAAAGGGUAAAAAGGGACGCCCCAAAUCCCCUUGUGAACCCAUUGAGAGCGAACCGUAUGUUAAUAUUGAGAUUGUAAAAUAUGGACGGGAUCCUAAUAAUACGUUUAGUUCAGGGACAAUAGUUCGUGUAGCCUGUGGGAAAGGUUACGGAUUGAACUUGGAAACGAAUGCGACAGCCAAAUGUGUGCGAGGGAGAUGGAAACCUGAAAAACCAAAAUGUGAAAUACUUCCCUGUCAUGUGCCCUCGACGGAGUAUGGUAUCUACACGAUGUCAGCUGACUCUGGACAUCCAAUGACGGCCAGUCAGGUCCUGGGCUCCAACCUACAAGAUGAGAAGGAACUGAAUGAGACUGAUCCGGUACCUAAUGGACAGGUCGUGCAUUUUUCCUGUGAAUAUGGAUAUAAUGUGCAAGGUCCAACGAAUCUCCGUUGCUGGCUAGGAGAGUGGGCAGUGACCAGUAUGCCCGAGUGUGUAGCAGCUCCUUGCGAACUCCCAUUGCUUCACGGUGCUACAUACGAAGCAGGGUACCGUGCAGGACUAACAGUAGCUCACGCCUCCUCCGUCAACAUAGCCUGUGAGCCUGGCAGAUCACCGCCAGCAACACUGAACUGUCAUCUAGGAAGACUGCAGCCCACCGUCCAUGAUUUCUGCAGACCGCUUGCUAAUCUAACCCGUCCACGUCCAACAUCAGAAUACCAAAGCGGUUCUGACAUAGUUCGGGAAGAUAUUUCAGAACUGGAACCAGACAUCGAUGCUACUACUAACACAGACUGCGGUCCACCAGCCAGGAAUCCACAAGAAGUCAGGGUCCAGGGUACGCUGAUAUAUCGAGAUGGGGCUGAAGUGAACAGCUCUUUAGGAGUGGAAGGGUACCCUCAUGGCACCGAGAUCACGUUUAGAUGCAUAGCAUCGAUCAUGGGAGAGAAGACCACUUGGAAGCUGAUUUGCGAGCAGGGCAACUGGGUUGGCAAGAGUUUCAAUUGCGAAGAAUUAGAAGCUCAGAAUGAGGACCUGAUGAACAACAACAGCUGUACCUUCGAGAAUGAUGAGCCGAACGUGGUGGCAUUCUAUAAUGAUAUGCAGAUUACUGAGGUAGUGGACUUUCCUGCUGGAGCUAUGAUCACAUCCAGGUGCAGUGACAUCGGAAAGUACUCUAUGUCUGGGUCUCAAACCCGUAAAUGUAUCGGAGGGUCCUGGGAUGGUGUCAAACCGACUUGCGUUGGACUUAACCAGCAGAUGGAUUAUGCCAUGGAGAAGAAACCUACAAUCCUGUUCCGUCACUCACAAGGCCCAAUCGCGCAGACUAAUGAUGGGAAGCUGCUGGUCUACCCUGGAACAGUACUCCACAUGGAAUGCUUGUGGAUGAGGAGAUUUGGAAACCCCAAGUGGAAUGUUACGCAUAAUAAUCCGGAUUCUGACCGCAAGUACAUAGAGGGCUGGACCACGGACCCUGGGAGGGACAGUGCCUUGGAAUACAGGUUGAGCAUCAUCAACGCUGAAAAGGAGGACUCUGGCAUAUACCGAUGUGAGACACCGGCCCGACAAAGCCAUCAGGUCGAGAUAAUUGUUGAAGACGUUCAUUGUCCUCCACUCCCUAUUCGUCGUGGGCUCGUAGCCAGUGGCCUAGGCACCCGGCUAGGCACAGAGAUUCGCUUCCACUGCGCCAAUGGAAACGCGCUGCUUGGUGCGCACACGCUCGUCUGUCGCGCCUCGGGUAAUUGGAGUGCGCCCUUACCUGUUUGUGAGAGCGUGGAAUGUGGUGAAGUAGUUCAUGAUACGCCACUGGGUGAAGGUGAGCGGAGACCACGGGUGGCCGUGGUGUCACGAGGUGUAGGUGGACGUGCUGCCUUCUCCUGUGCCCCUGGUUGGGCGCUGCGUGGAGCUCCAGAAACUGUCUGCCUGCCUGCUGCUGAUUGGGCAAAACCUUUCCCUGUUUGCAGGGAGGUAUCCUGUCCAGCACUACCCCCACCAGCAUCAGGCUACGUGCUAGGUCGAGCACCGUACCGCGCAGGAGACGUACUGCAGUUCCACUGCAACCCUGAACAUACACUGCAUGGAAGACCAAUACUGGUCUGCCAGGACAGUGGACGAUGGAGUGAUAAACCUCCUACAUGUGCUCAAGCAUGCACAUACCCUGGCACUACAAUCUCGGGCCGCAUGUCUUCAGUCAAAUUCUACUACAAGAUCGGAGAGACUAUCACAUUCACCUGCGAGCCUGGGUACCGGCUGAAGGGAGCUCCUAUGCUGCGAUGUUUGAAAAACCGAAAAUGGUCAAAUGCGAUUCCACUCUGCACACCGAACUCAAACUUCACAUCAUCGGAUUCAGUCGCUAUGUUCAACGGUGACAUAGACGCCAUGUUGUCUGACGAGCCGGCGGACAUCUUGAGGACGCGGGAAUCGCCCGCCAUCUUGUCACCAGAGAGUUACAAAGCAGCUGUCACUAGAGCUGCAGUGUCAAGGCUACUCCGAAGAGGUCCGAUCGAGAAUUUUAGAAAUAGAGUAUUUAGAGUAAAUAGGUUACUUCGGAGAGACACAGAAAGAUAAUUUUUAGGAUAUUUUUCUUAAAUUUUUGUGUGCGGUAAUUUGGCGAAGAAUGCGUCGAAUGUGAAGAAGAUAGCACAUCAAACUAACCCACAUUCUAAUCGAUUUUUUACUUUAUGACUAAAAAAUAAAGUUGACAUUCUAUUGUAUCGAUUUGACAGGUUCGGGUACCUUGAUGUGCUGUUGCGAUUAUGAUUUUAAUUCAUUAUUGGAUUUUAUAAGGCGUGAGUUUGAGCAGUUUUGGCUCUUUGGGUACUUAGAAUAUGUGUUGUACUUAUUUUGUGAAUAUUUUCAUCCAAAUUGUCAAUUAUAAUUAUUAAAAAAAUGUUUAGGUGUGUGUAUAAUGCGAGUUUCGAAUCGUGAAGAAAAUUUUGAAGUCCAUUUUUAAUUACAAAUGUUUUUUUUUUUAUAUAAAUAAAAUAAGUAAGGCACAGGACAUUACCGCAUACAGA